AUGGGUGUUUCCAAGACUACCAUCAAGGACGGCUCGGGUGUCCAGCCCAAGCCUGGCCAGACCGUCGUCAUCGAGUAUACUGGCUGGUUGAAGGAUGCUACCAGGCCUGACAGCAAGGGCAACAAGUUUGACUCCUCUGUCGGUCGCGGCGACUUUGAGGUCAAGAUUGGUGUUGGCCAGGUUAUUCGAGGCUGGGACGAGGGUGUUCCUCAAAUGAAGGUUGGCGAGAAGGCCACUCUUGACAUCAGCAGUGACUUUGGCUACGGCGCUCGCGGCUUCCCUGGUCACAUCCCCGCCAACGCCGACCUGAUUUUCGAUGUUGAGCUCAAGAACGUCAAAUAG